AUGAACCAAGCUGAUAGCGAGUACAUCUGGGCAUCUGCUGUCAGCUGUGAAAAGUUGCCUGUCGUUUGUGGCAAUGACAUGCUGUGUUUUGCAGAGCUGUGGAUCUCUCUGGAGGAGCACCAAGAUGCAUUAGAGCUUAUCAUGAGCAAAUACAGAAAGCAGAUGUUACAGCUUCUGCAAGGGAGAAAAGGUGAAGAUGCAGAACCAGUCUUGAAAGUUCAUCAGGCUAAUUCCUUGGAAAUUGAGAGUCAAAUAGACAGAAUAUGUGAGAUGGGAAAGUUGAUGAGAAAAGCUAUUCAAGUCGAUGACAAUCAAUUCUUUGAAGUUCAAGAGAAACUAGCUCAGCUGGAGCUUGAAAACAAAGAGCUGCGUGAACUAUUGUCAAUCAGCAAAGAAUCUUUUGAUGUGGGGAGAGAAGAUCUGCUGGACUGUGAAGCUUGGGUCACAAAAUAA